GCCUCCUCCCCCCCCUCGCAGAGAAGGGCCGCUUCCUCGCCCUCGACUUGGGCGGCACGAACUUCCGAGUGCUGCUCAUAGAGCUGGAGGGCGCCGACUUCAAGAUGGACAACCAGAUCUUCGCGAUCCCGCAGCACGUGAUGUUGGGUUCGGGCGAACAGCUGUUCGACCACAUCGCCGACUGCUUGGCCGACUUCAUGCGCCUGCGCGGUCUCAAGGACGUGAAGCUCCCGCUCGGCUUCACCUUCUCGUUCCCGUGCCGUCAGGAGGGGUUGACGCGCGCGCGCCUCGUGCAGUGGACGAAGGGCUUCGCGUGCAAGGGGGUCGAAGGUCAGGACGUGGUGGAGCUGUUGCGCGCGUCCAUUCGGAAGCGCGGCGUCGAGAUCGACGUGAUGGCCGUCGUCAACGACACCACCGGAACAUUGAUGUCGUGCGCGCACAAGAACCGCGAGUGCCGUGUGGGCGUGAUCGUGGGCACCGGCACCAACGCGUGCUACAUGGAGAGCGUGCCCAACGCCGAGCUCUUCGCCGACGAGUUCGCGGCGCCGACAGAUGGCGUGAUUGUGAACACAGAGUGGGGCGCGUUCGGCGACAACGGCGUCCUUGACUUUGUGCGCACGGAUUGGGACGACGAGGUGAACACGUAUUCGUUGAACAAAGGCAGACAGCUGUUCGAGAAGAUGAUCUCCGGCAUGUACAUGGGCGAGAUGGUGCGCUCGAUCGUGGCGUCGCUGACGCGCCAGGGACUGCUGUUCGAGGGGAAGGGCAGCGAGAAGCUGUUCACGCCGCACUGCUUCCAAUCGGCGUUCGUGUCGUGGAUCGAGAGCGAGCCCAAAGGCGUGUUCAUCCAGACGCGCAAAGCCAUGGCAGAGAUGGACCUGAGCCACGCCUCGGAGGACGACCUCUUCUCCGUGCAGAUGAUCUGCGAGCGCAUCUCUACGCGCGCCGCGCACCUCGUGUCGGCCGCCAUCGCCACCGUCCUCAACAAGAUGCGCCGCCCGUUCACGGUGGUGGGCGUCGACGGCUCCGUCUACCGCUAUCACCCGCACUUCCACGACCUGAUGGCCGCGAAGACGGCGGAGUUGACGGAUCCCGCGUAUCGCUUCGAGAUGAUGUUGUCGGAGGACGGGUCGGGAAGGGGCGCCGCCCUCGUGGCCGCAGUGGCCGUCAGACAGAUGGAGGAGUUGCGCGCCAAAGGAUUAAUCGAUUAUUAGAUUUAUUUUAGAUUUAUUUUUAGUGUAAAUAAGAUUUAGAAAUAAAAUUCAAUUUUAACCCAAGA